UCUCAGUCUUUCGUGCCGUCUCAGUUGUCGGUGAGGCCGGCGGGGCGGAUCCCACAUUCGAGUCAAAGAGAAAAUAAAGCAACACCAUAACAAUAAUAACAACUCGGCCGAUUCGUACAAUUCGCUAGCAAGCUCCCCCGUGGAUACAUACCAUCAAGAUGCCCUCAGCGAUGAACGCGAACCGAACAGUGCAGUCUGCCAGCCCAGAUGUGGGAUCCGCUCCAGGGUCAAUGGGCAAUUUUGCACUUGGUGGACAGGCUGAAGUUUUGAAGCAAGUGCUGUGUGUCCUCGACAAGAAGGUUCGCAACUUGGAGAAAAAAAAGAGUAAACUGGAUGACUAUCAAGUCAAGAAGGAUAAAGGGGAGCGUCUCAACCAGGACCAGCUGGACGCACUCACCAAAUUCCAGGAAAUCACCUAUAACUUGGAAUUUGGCCGAGAGCUGCAGAAGACGUUCAUCACACUGGGACAAGAUAUCCAGAAGGUGGUGAAGAAGUCUGCACGGCGGGAGCAGCUGCAGCGGGAAGAGGCAGAGCAAAGGAGGCUGAAGACCAUUUUGGAGCUGCAGUUCCUUCUGGACCGGCUGGGAGAGGACAAUGUGCGGCGGGACCUGAAGGAGGGAGUUGGCGGCUCACCAAUGCUGACGGAUGCGCACCUUGCAGCUUUUGAUGAGUUCUACAAGCUAGUGGGGCCAGACCGUGACCAAAGUGUCAGGUUGGUUGACCGGUAUGAAGAAGCAUCUGUGCACCUCUGGGACCUACUGGAAGGGAAGAACAAGGCUGUGGUCGGGACAACAUACAAGGCAUUGAGAGAGACUUUGGACCAGGUUAUGCUGAGUGGGUACUUUGACCAGGUGCCAUCUCACCAAAACGGAGUGUGUGAGGAGAAAGCGGCAGAAGAGGCAGAGGCGCAGGACCAAGCCUCAGCAGCGACGGUGGCUGAAGCAGCAGCAGCCCCUGCUGUCGUAGCUGAAUCGUCAGAAGCAGAAGAGCAGAGUCCGACUGCUGAUCCAGAACCGGAAGUAGUUGAGUUCACUGAUUCCAUCGCGGUGGAAAAAACAGAGUUUAUAAACAGACAGUUCAUUCCAGACGGCACAUACAGCGGCAGCGAGAAGGAGCAGGGGGACGAGUGGGCCACGGAAACAGAGGUUCCUUAUUCGCCUGUUCUGCCUGUCUUCCACUCUCAGGCAGUCAGUGCCGUUCAGCAGCAGCAGCAGCAGCCGCCGCCUGUGCAGCCUGCAGCUUCACCUGUUGCCCCGGAGACCCACCCAUUGAACUUGGUGUCUCCCGUGCCGCCCACUGACCCCCUGGUCAGGAAGCAGGUGGUGCAGGACUUAAUGGCACAGAUGCAGGGAAUGUACAACUUCAUGCAGGACUCUAUGCUGGAGUUUGACGGACCCAUUGACCCGGCCAUUGUCUCAUCACAGCCUAUGAAACCUGCUCAGAACAUGGACUUACCACAGAUGGUGUGCCCUCCAGCUCACCCAGAGUCCCGGCCAUCGCAACCCAAAACUGUUCCUGUCCAACCGGACACCACACAAGUUUCCAUUGUCUCCCCGACUCCGCCCCCCAUGUAUCAGACUUCACACACGCCCGAUCCUCGACCCUCUACAGAAACCAUCGACCCCAUCCAGACGUCCUCAUCGUCGGAGCAGCCCUCUGCAGCUCACCCACCGGUUUUUCAGCCUGGUUCCAAAGCUCCACACAGCAGUGGCAUCAAUGUCAACGCCGCCCCAUUCCAGUCAAUGCAGACCGUGUUCAACCUCAAUGCCCCGGUCCCACCAGCUAAUGAGACGGAGGCUCUGAACCAGGCCAGCCAAUACCAGAACAGCUACAACCAAGCCUUCAGCAGCCAGCCGCAGCAUCCUGUGGAGCAGACCGAGAUGCAGCCAGAGCCACUGCAAUCUGUAGUUGGUGCCUUCCAUUCCCAAGACCAGUCGGGAGGCCAUCAACAGCCUCCGCAGCAGGGCCCAGGCUUUGGCCGGCAGGGUCAGUCCUUCUACAACAGCAGAGGCAUGUCUCGAGGUGGGCCUCGCAAUGCUAGGGGCAUGAUCAAUGGCUACAGAGGCUCAUCCAAUGGAUUCAGAGGUGGCUACGAUGGUUAUCGUCCUCCUUUCGCCAACACUCCUAACUCCGGUUAUGGACAGACUCAAUUCAACACACCUCGGGAUUACUCAAACGGGAAUUAUCAGAGGGAUGGUUACCAACCAAACUACAAGCGGGGAGCUGGCCAGGGACCCAGGGGAGUGUCGAGAGGCAGCACUCAGGCAAUACGAUCCUGAAAAGGCCUUUUUAAAAUGACUGUGACAGACUAACUUGCACCACACUGAAAAUUCAAAAUUCAAGAAUGCAUUUGCCCAAGCUCAAUCAUGUUCUUUUUUUUUUGUUCUUAGUCAGUGUUUUUUUUUCCUGUGUCUCAGAUCAAAGUAAUGCCUACUUUUGAUAUUUGGAAAUAUUACAUAAUUUUAAAGUCUGAAACACAAGCUAAGUUGUAAAUUCAAUCAUCAAUUUGCAUAAGCAAUGUGUUAAUAUUCCUGUAAACUUGAAAGAUUUCAUAAGUUAUUUUUUGUAUAAAAAUGCACCUGCCACUGCUGGUCCAACCCUUGGGAGUUUAUUCCCCUUCUCGGUUCUUUUUCUGUCAUUUUGGUUUUAAAAACAGAAAGCGUUUUAUGUUCAAUGAGCUCCCGUUUCCUUGUUUGUAAAUUGAUGUUGCUUCAAGAGUUUCAAUAAAGUUGUGUUGCAUACUCAA